GUUGAAAGAAACAAGUGUUGUAGUGGGAAGAGCAAGCGCGAGAGGUAAAGAAGUAAAAAAGAAAUGUUAAUAAGUGAGAGUGUAAUUGAGGAGUUAAGGAAAAAGUUCGUAGUAGUUGUUGUUAUUAAAAUGCAUGCAUGUGCAAGAAGAUGAAUGCUAAUUUGCAAAGUCACAGUUAAUACAGUAAUCGGUAUAAGGUUAAAUUUAAAAAUCGAAACGAAAAAAUGGCAGCUUAUAAGUAAAAUAAUGUAUAAAUAUUAAUUAAUUAUUUAAUUAAUAAAACAACUUAUACAUUUAACGUAAACUAUUUUGUGAAAACUAUAAACAUUUUAAUUACUAGAAGAAAAAAAAACGAAAGACAACACAUACACAUUAAUAAAAGAUUAAUUAAUUAUUAAGCAUUUUUUGUGCUUAAAUGGCACAAAAAUGCAAAACUUUUAUUGUUAUUUGUUUGAAAAACAAAAGGAUAAAUAACAAAAAGUAAAACAAAUAACAAAAAAAUAUCCCAGUUCUGCCAUUAAAUUCUUAAUAACAGAAAAAAAGCAUAAAAAUAAAAUGAGUUAAAUUAUAUACAAAAGAAAUUAUUAUUAACCACAAAUGAAAAACGGUUUAAUUUAACCAAAAACACACAAAGAUACAUGUUUUUAAACCAACCAAUAAUAUUAUAAAACAAUUUCAACAGUAUUUACCUUUCAACAUCAACGGAACAAAAAAGCGUUUAAAUUGAAAUAAUAAUAAUAACAAUAAAAAAUUGAACGCGUGUGUCUGCCACACAGAAAAAAAAGCUGCCUGAAAUAAUAACUGCAAUUGCAAAAAGUUUGCAAUAAAAAAAUAACUGGGAAAACCAAAAAAAAGUUUUUCCUUUUAUUAAAUUUUUCUCUCGAACUUGUUGUCUGUCUCUUUCAAUUAAAUGAAAAACAUUUUACAAAUCACCUCAAACAACUUAAAAACAUUUAUAGUCAUUUUAAAUUAAACAAACACACACACAAAAAGUAUUAUUAUUAUAAAUAAUUUUACAAAUAAAUUAAUAAAAAACAAUCCUACAAAAUGACUAUGAAAUCAAUGAAAUACUCCGAUUGUGAUACUAUUAUGGAUGGUUAUAAUCCAGUACCUCCACCCUUACCACGUCGGGUACCACCAGUACGUAAUAUAUAUGCAGAACCAUUUGCCCAUGAACCCAAUCAUUCUAGCAGAUUGGGUCCUAUGCCACAACACCAACAACAAAUGCCACAAAGUAUGUCAACGGGUAAUAAUACGAUUGGCGGUCAUGGUGGUCAUGAUCGUGGCGGUGGUGGUGGCGGUAUACCAGGUGGUAGUAUACCCGGUACUAUGAAUGGUCCCAAUGGUCCCCACUGUCAGAUGAGCGGUUCACAGCCGUUGGUUAUGCCACAAUUUCCAUUGCGUAAUUCACACUCAGCGCAUGCACCACAUUAUUCACCAUACUCACCUUCCAGGUUUCACAUAGAUAAACGUUGUCAACAUCGUUGUUCCUGGAAAUGUUUGAGUAUCGCCUUAAUUUUAAUAUCAGUCGUCCUAACAGCCAUGUUGGCAUAUUUUGCAGCUGUAAGCUCUAUGAAACCCAACAUGGAUACAACAAAUUGCAUCCUAGUCCAAGAUGUUAAGUCGCAACCACAUGAUUUACAUGGCAAUACAAAAACAAAUCUACUUAAUGGCAAUAGUUUACAACCCACAGCAUACCCAACAGAAGAAUCAAUACAAACCAGUACCUCGGAUCACAGUUCCAGUACUAAUGGUGGCGGUGGUGGUUUUCAAAAUUUGGCACCCUCUUUGCAAUUGCAACAUCAACAGCAGCUGUUGUUGCAACAACAACAGCCACAUACCAUUAAUCAACAAUUGAAUUUGGGCAUUAAUACAAACAUAGGCGGUAGUGGCGGCAUAGGCAUGGGUAUGGGUGCUGGUCUAAUGGGCCAAGAUGCCACCUCUCAUCUGCAGGACCAAUCGUAUACGGCACAGCAACAACAGCAAUUGAAUCAUCAUCAUCAGCCGUUGCUUAAGUGGCCACAAGUUGUCGAACUAAAGGAUUUCAAUGAACUGUAUCAUGCCAAUAUACCAGCUUAUCAAUUCUGGACUUUGGAAUUCCGUAAUAAACAUCCCGCCUUUGUGCGCUUCAAUUUUACAUUGCCGUGGGGUGCCAACUUUGCUGUUUAUUCGCGACGCAAUGUUGCACCAUCGGUAACACAAUAUGAUUUUGUUGAAUUUAUUAAAGGUGGUCGUUUGGACAGUCAUUUAAGGCAUAGACGCAGUGUCACUGCUAAUGACACUCAAUAUCGUCGCAAAGAUAUGGAAGAUGCUGGUGAUAUAUUGCUCGAUAUGUCUGCCGAGCAAUUGCAACGUUUGUCUGCCAACGAUAUGGCCUAUAUGGCGACGCGACAUUACUUUAAUGACAUGGACAAUGAUAACAAUAACGACGACGAUAUGGAUGAUAUUGAAGGCGCUGAGGGCGACGAUGAUGAAGAGGAUGUGGAUAAUGAGGAUAAUGAUUCGGUAGAUUCAUCAUUUGAAUAUACAGGAGAUAUUGAAACACCCUUAGAUACCGCCAAACAUAUAAGAUAUCGCCAGCAACAACAGCAACAAAGACGUCGAAAACGUUCUGCGGCUGGCAUGGAUGGUGGUUUGCCUGCCUUAGAUAUGGAUACUAUGAUGGUGAACGUUUCGCUGUUGCAAUAUUUAGAUACUGGUCUUUGGUUUAUUUCGGUUUACAAUGAUGAAUUAGUCUCACACUCGGCCACUUUAAUUGUGGAGGAGGCAGAAGGCGUUAGCACCACUUGUCCCAAUGAUUGCUCCGGUCGUGGUAGUUGUUAUUUGGGCAAAUGUGAUUGUAUUGAUGGCUAUCAGGGUUCAGAUUGUUCAAAAAGCGUCUGUCCAGUUUUAUGCUCAGCUCAUGGUCACUACGGCGGUGGUGUGUGUCAUUGUGAGGAGGGUUGGAAGGGUUCUGAAUGUGAUAUACCUGUAGGUGAAUGUGAAGUACCAAAUUGUUCGAGUCAUGGUCGUUGCAUUGAAGGUGAAUGCCAUUGUGAACGUGGCUGGAAGGGACCUUUUUGUGAUCAACAUGAUUGUUUAGACCCCUUGUGUUCGAGUCAUGGCACCUGUGUGGCUGGUCAAUGUUACUGUAAGGCUGGCUGGCAGGGUGAAGAUUGUGGUACCAUUGAUCAGCAAGUUUAUCAAUGUUUACCCGGUUGCUCAGAGCAUGGUACAUACGAUUUAGAGACAGGUCAAUGUGUUUGUGAAAGACAUUGGACGGGACCAGAUUGUUCACAAGCUGUCUGCAGUUUAGAUUGUGGUCCCAAUGGUGUUUGUGAAUCUGGCAAAUGUCGCUGUAAUCCCGGCUGGACUGGAAAUCUCUGCGAUCAAUUACCCUGUGAUGCCAGAUGCUCCGAACAUGGCCAAUGUAAAAAUGGCACAUGUGUCUGCUCACAAGGAUGGAAUGGCAGACAUUGUACAUUGCCUGGUUGUGAAAAUGGUUGCUCACGUCAUGGUCAAUGCACUUUGGAAAAUGGCGAAUAUCGUUGUGAUUGUAUUGAAGGUUGGGCUGGUACAGAUUGUUCAAUUGCAUUGGAAAUGAAUUGCAAGGAUAAUAUUGAUAAUGAUGGUGAUGGUAUGACAGAUUGUUCGGACAGUGAAUGUUGCUCACAUCCGGCCUGUUCGGAACACAUUAUGUGCCUGUCAUCUAAUGAUCCCGUCGAAGUGCUGUUGCGCAAACAACCACCCUCGGUAACAGCAUCAUUCUAUCAACGUGUCAAAUUUUUGAUUGAAGAGAAUUCCGUGCAAUCGUAUGCCCAUAUGGAUGAAUACAGUGAAAACCGUGUAUCGGUAAUGCGUGGUCAGGUGAUAACUCCUCAAGGUUUGGGUAUUGUUGGCAUACGAGUAUCAGUGGAUAGAGAUUCAAGAUUUGGAUUUACUUUGACGCGGCAAGGAGGAUGGUUUGAUGUCCUAGUAAAUGGUGGUGGUGCUGUGACAUUACAAUUCCAACGUUCACCAUUCCGUCCCUUAACACGUACCGUAUUUGUGCCCUGGAAUCGUAUUGUGGUCUUGCCACCCGUACAAAUGCAGUUAAGCGAUGAUGAUGAAAGUGCCAGCAGAAAUAUAAAAGUGGCACCUUUAAAUCCCGCCUUAACCUUCCUCAAUUCGAUUUUGUAUCACUUCAACGAUGAGCCUGUCAGUGAUGCUCAUAAAAUCUGUAUGGAACAUGAUCAUGAAGAAUUGAAACCACAAUUAAUUAGCACUUGGAUGCCAAAUGGCAUAGGAGCAAUGCCGGGCAAACGUGUUAUAUUUGCCGAGACACAGAUCGUUCAAGAGUCCAUCCAAAUUCCCGGUUCCGAUCUUCAUCUAACCUAUCAAUCUUCGCAAGCUUCUGGUUACCUCAGCAUCGUGCGCAUGCGUUUGACAUCAGAGAAAAUACCCAAAACUUUGACACAUGUACAUGUGGGUGUUGAAAUCGAAGGUUCUUUGCAUGUGAAAACGUAUGAAGCUGAUCCCAAUCUCAUACACACUUUCGCCUGGAACAAACGUAACGUGUAUAGACAAAAAGUUUAUGGAGUCACCAUAGCACGCAUCUCUGUGGGUUAUCAACAUUCGACAUGUGAUACCCCAGUAUGGAUUACCCAAACCGCUAAACUACAAGGUUAUGAUGUGGAUAUUUCUGAUAUAGGCGGUUGGGGUUUGGAUAUCCAUCAUCACUAUAACUUCCAUGAGGGUAUACUACAAAAGGGUGAUGGCAGUACAUUACAUAUGAAGGAGUAUCCUCGCACCGUGAAGGUUGUAAUGGGUACUGGUCUACAGAGACCUUUGAAUUGUCCAGAUCAUUGUAAUGGUAUAGCCAAGGAUGCUAAGCUGUUAACGCCUAUAGCUUUAGCUUCAGGUCCUGAUGGUAGUUUGUAUGUAGGAGAUUUUAAUUUAGUGCGACGUAUAACCCCCGAUGGCAAGGUUUAUACCAUCUUACAGUUGUCGGCUACACAAGUGUCGUAUCAAUAUUAUUUGGCCGUGUCACCAGCUGAUGGUCAUUUGUAUAUCUCAGAUCCCGAAAGACAUCAGAUAUUACGUUUACUUAGAUUGGAAAAAGUUAAGGAUCCUUCAAUUAACAGUGAACCAGUGGUGGGUUCGGGACAACGUUGUAUACCUGGUGAUGAGGGUAAUUGUGGUGAUGGUGGUCCAGCUUUACAGGCUAGACUUUCACAUCCUAAAGGUUUGGCUAUAGCGGCUGAUAGGACCAUGUACAUAGCGGAUGGCACGAAUAUAAGAGCAGUAGAUCCUAAGGGUAUUAUUCACACCUUAAUAGGUCAUCAUGGACAUCAUAAUCACUGGAGUCCUGCUCCUUGCUCGGGCACUCUAAUGGCUAAUCAGGCUCAAUUGCAAUGGCCUACCGGUUUAGCUUUAAGUCCUCUAGAUGGCUCUUUACAUUUCAUAGAUGAUCGUUUGGUCUUGCGUUUAACAUCGGAUAUGAAAAUACGUGUGGUGGCCGGUACUCCUCUACACUGCAGCAACAGUGGUCAGGAUAAGGCCAAUAAAACGACAGACAAUGUUUUGGGUACAGUGUUGGCCAUGGCUUUCUCACCAUUUGGUGAUUUGUAUAUAGCUGACAGUGACUCGAGACGUGUUAAUUCCAUAAGAGUGGUAGAUACUUCGGGCAAUAUGAGAUAUUUUGCAGGAAAACAGGAAAAUGCUGGAGCCUUAACAUGUGACUGCACAAAUGGUGCUGGCCUCAAUGCUUCAACAUCCGGCUUAAAUUCUAACAUUGGCUCAUCCCAUGGCUCAAUUGGUGGUGGUAGUGUUGGUGCCUAUUCUACUACAACAAAUCCUACACGUAAUAAUGGUGGCACAACUCCCACAACACCAUCGGGUAGUAAUGGAUUCAACGGAAACGGAAAUGGCGGUUUCAAUGGCAACAGUGCGUCCUCCUCAUCAUCGUCUGCUUCGAACUCAGCUAACAUUGCUGGUGGUGGGUGUAUUUGUUCACCCUCCUCACCCUCUGGAUUAGCUGGUAUUGUAUCGGGUAAUCUUAUGUCUACGGGACCAACGACAACAACUACCGUUCUAUUGGGUGCUAAAACAACAACAGCUGGUGGUUUAGGCUCUACUUUGGGUUCGGCUGGCACAAUGAACGAUGAUGGCACGUUGAGUAAUGCUGAAACACUAUUGUCAUCAAAUGCACGUUUUCAGGCAAUUUCAGCAAUUGCGGUUGCCCAGGAUGGCGUUAUUAAUGUGGCUGAUCAAG